AUGCGCACAACUACUGCUCUCGCUUUUCUGCCCCUGGCAUUGGCUGCACCUUCAAAGAGGGCCUCUCCGGCCUUGGUCAUCAAGCCUCGAGGUGCUCAACUGAUCGAUGGCAAGUACAUCAUCAAGAUGAAGACCAAUGCCAAUGCCGAUUCUUUACACACUUCCAUCCAAGCCAUCUCUAGCGACGCCGAUUUUGUGUACAACAGCAAUGAUUUUAAGGGAUUCGCUUCUAGCCUUUCAGCCGAAGAGCUCGAGGCUUUGCAAAACAAUGACGAUGUCGACUACAUUGAGCAGGAUGCCGUUGUCACUAUCAAGGCUACCCAGGAGAAUGCCGACUGGGGUCUCGCGCGCCUUUCCGCUUCUGAGUCCGGCACCACCACGUACACCUACGAUGACAGUGCUGGCGAAGGAACCUGUGCUUAUGUCGUCGACACAGGUAUCGAAGUAGACCACGAGGAAUUUGAGGGCCGUGCUAAGUGGCUUGCUAAUUACGCCGGCGACGGCGACGACACCGAUGGCAACGGCCACGGUACGCAUGUCGCGGGUACUAUUGGCUCUAAGACAUACGGGGUUUCUAAGAAGACCUCACUUUUCGCCGUCAAGGUCCUCGACGCCAGUGGUUCAGGUACUAACUCCGGUGUUAUUGCUGGCAUGGAUUUCGUUGCAAAGGAUGCCGCUGGACAGACGUGCCCCAAGGGUGUUGUCGUGAACAUGUCUUUAGGCGGCUCUUCUUCGAGUGCCGUAAACGAGGCAGCUGCCAGCAUUGUCAGCGCUGGUCUUUUCCUUGCCGUCGCCGCUGGCAACGAGGCUGCGGACGCAUCUACCUCGUCCCCGGCUUCCGAGAAGUCGGCUUGCACCGUCGGCGCUACUACCAAGGAUGACGAAUUUGCCGAAUACUCCAACUAUGGUAGUCUCGUGGAUGUCCUUGCUCCCGGUACCGAUAUUGAGUCGACGUGGAUCGGAGGGAAAACAAACACCAUAUCCGGUACAUCCAUGGCCUCUCCUCACAUCGCUGGCCUUGGCGCCUACUACUUGGGACUUGAUGCCUCGCCCGUGGCUGAUCUAUGUGACUACAUCGCAAAGGCUGCUCUCUCCGGUGCCAUCUCCAGCGUCCCUAGCGGCACCGCCAAUUCAUUGGCUAACAACGGCCAGUCCUCUUAG